GCGUGACGGUGCAGUCUGCUCUCCAGAUGAGAUUCAGCGCUGGCCCCAGUGCUGUGUCAGACAGCUGGAAACAGAGGCACGGGGGAGGGCAGCGGCGAGAGAGAGAGAACCACUCUGUGUUGUGUGCUCAGACAAGGCAGGGUGCGGCGUUGUGCUGCCCACAGAACAUCUGGACACCUACGGAGGCGACCGAUACAAAUCAUUCAAAAAAGAACGGCAGGAGGCUCCACACGUGUCAUUGUGCGGAUUCAUUUUGAAUCUUUGCAAACUUGCUUGAAGUGGAGUUUUGGGUCUUUAAUCGCAGAGUGGCCAGAGUCAGAGCAACGGUGAAUUCUUCUCCGUCGCCAUGAGAUACAGAGGGCAUCUCCUGAUUUGGGAAUUGCUGUUGGUCCUGCUUUUCCUUGUGGUUAAAUCUGAAGUCUUUGCAACUGACUGUCCUGACGGUUAUAUGACCCUCAAUCCAAAAGGCCCCUGUAUGGACAUCAAUGAGUGUGAGGAUGAGGGAGAAGAACUAUGUGGUGACCAUGCAGAGUGCUUCAACACCAAGGGCAGCUACUACUGUCAGUGUGAACCCGGAUUCAAGUCCACUAAGGGAAAUGUCAACUUCACUGCUGAAAAUUCAGAAACAUGCCAAGAUAUCAAUGAAUGUGCAGUGGAAAACAUAAACUGUGGUCCCCAUGCCAAAUGUCAUAACUAUAUGGGAGGGUAUGCUUGCAUGUGUACGGUUGGAUUUAAGGCAAGCAGUGGAAAAGAGACAUUUAAGGUUGGCCAGAAAGUGACAUGUGAAGAUAUUGAUGAGUGCACAGAGGAAGACUGUGGUCCCAACGCCACAUGUCAAAACAAUGAGGGGAGUUAUGCUUGCAUAUGUAAUGCUGGAUUUAAGAAAAGCAGCGGAAAAGAGACAUGUGAGAAAGAUAUGUGCACAGUGAAAAACUGUGGUCCGUAUGCCACAUGUCAAAACAUUGAUGGAGGUUACACUUGUGUGUGUAAGGAUGGGUUUGUGACUAGCAAUGGAAAUGACACAUUUUUGGCUGACCAGGGAGUGACAUGUCAAGACAAAGAUGAGUGUGUCCUGAAUGCCGCCAUUUGUGGGGGGAACGAAAAAUGCCACAACACCCCUGGCAACUAUUUCUGUAGCUGUAACCCUGGAUUCAGUCUGAACAACGAAACUGGUAUUUGUGAGGACAAGGAUGAGUGUGUCCUGAAUGCUGACAUUUGUGGGGGGAACGCGAAAUGCUACAACACCCCUGGGAACUACUCUUGUAGCUGUAACCCUGGAUUCAGUCUGAACAACAAAACUGGCAUUUGUGAAAGUGAGUGUGAGGCUGACAGCACCAUUUGUGGGGAGAACGCAAAAUGCCACAACAUCCCAGAAAGCCACUACUGUGUAUGCAACCCUGGCUUCAGACUUGGGUCUGGAAAAACCAACUUCACCAAAAAAGAUGGAUCCUGUGAAGACAUAUGCUCUAUGGACCGCUCUAUCUGUGGAGGAGGUGCAUGUCAACAGGGUCCUGGUGGUUAUGAAUGUAUUUGUCACAAAGGAUAUACCAAUUAUGGCCUCAAUCAGGAAGCAUGCACAGCAUUCAACUGUGACGAUGCCAAUCCUGGGCAGACUCUGCCUGAACUGAAGGAUUCUCAUUCCCUGCUGAACCGGCUGUGUAUGAAACUGGCAGGAAACGACACGGCUGGGGCUUCACCUCCAGAUGGAGCACUGGAUUGGCCUUUGGAUGGAAAGACACUGUUAAUGAAGUUUCUGUCACCAAUAGACGGCCUGCUGUCAAAAGGACCCCUCGGUGGCGAUCAAGUGGCCGUGGUGUUGCAUUUAAUUGAGAGAGCACUGAGAGUCCUCGGCCCUCUGCUAAACCAAGGGUCAACUACCCCAACGCAUAUGGCCAGGAGACAACAGGAUGGAAGGGAGCUGUUACUGAAACUCCUGUCAAUAAUAGAUGGUCUAUUGUCCAAAGGACCCCUUCAUGACAGCAAGCAAGUCACCAUGUUGUUGUCCUCCGUUGAGAGUGCACUGAAACUAGUUGGACCACUGCUAAGCGACCGCCAAACCAACUUUUCUACCAGAUGUGUUGAGUUGGAGCUGCGGGUGGAGAGGGGAGCUGAAGCACCCAGCGGGCCUCUCCGCAUGUUUUCCGGGAACGCCCAACUGGACACACACUGGGAGACAGCGACAGGAGCUGAAUUCCCUGGAGUCACAACUGUUGCCUUGCUGACCUAUAAGAACUUGGAGGAGUCAACUAAUAACUCUUUUGCUGUGACUCCUGAUGACGCGAACACAAAGUUCCAGAUGAACUCAAAAGUCGUCACAGCAACAGUUAGCAAUUCCAACACAACACAGCUGACGAAGAAUAUCACCCUCUCUUUCUCCCAUUUCAGCUCAAAGCAAGAACAACACAAAUGUGUUUACUGGGACCACGGACGCAACGCGUGGUCUGAUCGCGGGUGUACGGUGGUGACGACCAACGCGAGCCACACAGUGUGCUCCUGCAACCACCUCAGCAGCUUCGCCGUGCUCAUGGCUCUCUACGAGGUCGAGGACACUUUUGAGCUGCUCCUGAUGACCUGGGUGGGGCUGUCUCUGUCCUUGGUGUGCCUCCUGGCCUGCGUCCUCACCUUCGCCUUCUGCCGCUCCAUCCAGAGCACGCGCAACACCAUCCACCUGCACCUCAGCCUCAGCCUCUUCGUCGCCAGCCUCAUCUUCCUCGUGGGCAUCUCCCGCACCGAAAACCAGACAGGCUGUGCCGUGGUGGCGGGGCUGCUGCACUUCUUCUACCUGUCCGUCUUCUGCUGGAUGUGCCUGGAGGGCGUGCAGCUGUUCCGCAUGGUGGUGCUGGUCUUCCACACCACGCUGCGGACCCGCUACUUGAUGGCGGCCGGCUACGGAGUGCCCGCGCUCAUAGUGGCCAUCUCGGCGAUGGUCUACGCCAAAGGAUACGGUUCCAAGCGCCUGUGCUGGUUUGAUGUGACAAAAGACAACUUCAUCUGGAGUUUCCUUGGCCCUGUCUGUGUCAUCAUUACUGCCAACGUCUUCUUCUUCCUGUUGACAGUCUACAAGCUGGCUGAGAAGUUCGCCAGUCUCAAUCCUGAUUUUAACACAUUGCGUAAAAUCAAGACAUUUACAAUCACUGCAGUAGCUCAGCUUGCUGUGCUUGGCCUCAUGUGGAUCUUUGGCUGCUUCCAGUUUAACAACUCCACCAUGGCCAUGUCGUACCUCUUCACCUUCUUCAACUGCCUGCAAGGCGUGCUGAUGUUUUGUAUGCACUGCCUGCUCAACAAGCAGGUGAGAGAGGAGUACGGCAAGUUCCUGUCCUGCAUCUGUGCUCCGCACAAGACCAAGUAUUCAGACUUCAGCUCAAACCAGUCCAAGUCUCAGCUGUCCAAGAGCGCCCAGAACACCGGAGAGUCCCAGAUCUGACAGCGCUACACGGUCACCAGUCCACUGGAUUUUUCGCACUCAGGCAAAGCAGCUGUAUCACAAGUCUGUGCUAAAGGACAAUGCAUGCCUUUCUUAAAUGCACUUUUUUCCCUUCUGUGAGGUGUCAUUCAAUACAAAAGUAUUGUUGUAUUAUUUUCAUAUCGCUAUUAGUGCCUUGAUCAUCUGCUCAGGGUUAAGUUUUUAGGGGAGAUGGGUGGCCAAAAAUGUCAAAAAAAGACAAAGGCAAAGCCAUAGGUUCAUCUCAAAGUCAUUCUGUUUUGUAUUUAUAUCUUUUUAGAGCUAUUUAUUGUUUUGCUGUGUGUGAAUCUGUGUGUGAGGGAGGACGUCGGGAUAUCUGGUAAUGUCAUGUAAAAAUAAGCUUUACAGUGGAUCUGAAUUGCUGUAGAUUUUCUAUUUUUAAAGGAACACAGUAACUUUUUGGGAAAUAUUCUUAUUUGCCGCCGACCCUAGAGUUAGGCUGCAGGCACAGAGAGGAGAAGGAUAUGUUAUGGUUUGUAUAUUUAUAUAGAUUUAGUUUCAUUAGGCCAUUGAUUUAAUUGACAUUGUUUUAUUAUUGGUAUUCUCCUUAAAGUAGCCUUCCAUGCUAUUGUUAUUUUAUAUGAUUGAUUGAAUGACUUAGUUCCAUUGUUAUUUCCAUUGCUUAUUUGUAUUAGCUUAUCGUUUGAAUUGAUUGUUUAUUGUAUAUAUUGCUAUUCUCCUUACUGACCCAUUUUUUUAAAUUGUUCACUGUUAAAUUUAAUUGUUGUAUUGUUUUUAUUGUGUGUCGCUUUGGACAAAGGCGUCUGCUAAAUAGCAUAAGCAUAAUCAUAACCAUAUGUGCUCUCUACUCUAACUCUGUAGAUGGCAAAUAAGCACAUUUCCCGAUGAGUUGGGGUCUUCUAUCAACCACUGAAUGUCUAUUUGUAUUUUGUAAGAAUUGGCAACUUUUACAUUUGUAUAAAUGAGCUGACUAAAUAAACAUUUUAAAGCA